CAUACUUAAUAGUUAUAUAGUUUAAACAGUAAACAGACUGCAGUGCGUGCGAUUCAGACGCGUUGGUUCAUACGAAAUUUCAAAUUUAAAUUCCUAAGUUAAUUGAGCUAAUUAGUGCUGAUGGAACAGUAUGCGAACAGGCAUUCCACGGUCGAAUUCGACCCCAUGUGUGACAAAGAGCACCCGCAGAGGAUAUCCUUCGAGGAUGUAUCCGCUGCAUCCUUUAGGAUACAAAGUGGGAUUACUAAAACGCCUUGCGUGAAAUCUCACAUGUCCUCCAAAUAUGGUAUGGAUAUUUACCUCAAGAAUGACUUCCUUCAGCACACCGGUAGUUUCAAAGACAGAGGAGCUCGUAACGCAUUACUCCUGCUGUCACCGGAGAAUAAGGCGCGAGGAGUGAUAUCGGCAUCUCUGGGCAACCACUCACAAGCUCUGAGCUAUCACGCCAACCAGCUCAAGAUCCCCGUGUCCGUGGUGAUGCCCAACGUAGCUCCAAUUAUGAAGAUUCAGAACUGUCGCUCCUAUGGUGCCAAUGUCAUAGUUCACGGCCAUGACAUGAAAGAAGCCAAGUAUCACGCCAUGUCUUUGGCUAAGGAAAAGGGACUCACGUAUAUAAAUGGCUACGACCAUCCCCACAUCAUGGCCGGACAGGGCACCGUGGGACUGGAGAUUCUGGAGCAGGUGCCCGACGUGCACGCGGUGCUGGUGCCGGUGGGCGGCGGCGGGCUGGUGGCUGGCGUGGCCACCGCCAUCAAACAUCUACAGCCGCACGUGCUUAUCUACGGUGUUGAAACAGAAAAAUGUCCGAGCAUGAAGAUGGCCAUAAAGAACGAGGAGCCGUUCAGUGUGGAUAUACGCUCGACCCUCGCUGAUGGUCUCGCAGUACCCACUGUCGGGUACAAUGCUUUCCUCACUGUCAAACCGCUCAUUGAUCAAAUGAUUACAGUUAAUGAAGAUUGGAUUGCACGCGCUAUUCUCCACCUUGUGGAGCAAGAGAAGUACGUCGUGGAAGGUGGAGGCGCAGUCGGAGUAGCUGCUAUCAUGGCCGGCCUCGUGCCUGAACUUGCUGGCAAAAAGGUCGUAUGCAUUCUAUCCGGUGGUAACAUUGACACGACGAUUCUGGGUCGCUGUUUAGAGAGGGGUCUCGCCGCGGAACACAGGCUGGUCAAGUUCAAAGUGACUGUCAGCGACCGGCCCGGUGGUAUUGCAGAGCUUUGCAAACUCAUCGCUAGCAUUGGUGUCUCUAUCAAGGAUAUAAUGCAGGAGCGCGCAUGGGUCUUUGGCGAUAUUUUCAGUGUUCGUGUAAAAGUGGUAUGCGAGACACGAGGACCUGAGCACUUAGAGCAACUCCGCGGUAUUAUAACUAGCACAUACAAAGAAUGGUACUUCGCCCGCGAGUGGGACGAAACUGAUCGCAGACAGAGCACAUGUUCGAUUGAUGACGUUUCGCACUAAUCGUUAUAAUCUAGUUUCUAAAAUAUUGUAUACACUUAUUCUUCACUAGUAGAUAAUCGCAACUUUGUCAGUAUGAAAAUUAUGUGUUUCCUGUAAGAUAAACGCUUAUUAGUGGUCAUUCAAAUUUACGAUUAACGUAACAUCAAUAAGAUCUAGACCAUUAGGUCUAAGAAAGAAAGACAAAAUGUUGAUCCAUAAUAUCGACCUCUAUUUCGUUGUAUUGGAACGAAAGCGAGGGAACUAACCAUGAAAUCAAAUGAAUAUGAAUAAAUUUACAAUAUUGUUGCGUUAUAAGUACUGUGAUAUUUUAAUUAACGAGGCUAAAUUAAAAGAUUAUAUUUUGUGAAU